AUGAUAAGUAUAAAUCUUCAAGUUACAUCACUCCUUCGCAGUAACAAUAUACUUUAUAAAAAUUUUUGUCAUUCCACCACAUUAUUAAUAAUAACUGAAUUUGUACUUACAAUAGAUACAUUUCUUGCACUUUUAGGAUGGUUAUUAUAUAGAAAUGAAAAGAAAAAGGGAAUGCUUAAUGUUAAGGUUCUCGAAACACAAAGAAUUGUUAGUAAUAGUAAUUUUAAUAAUAUAAAUAUUAAUGAAACAUAUAGAAAUUAUGAUGAACCAUCAUGUUGCCAAGAACAUUACUAUUAUAAUAAUGCACAAUAUAUUGAGGAACAAAAUAUUGAAUAA